AUGGUAAAAGCUCUCGAAAAACUUGGCAAACGGGCUGCCGCAGUCAUGUACGAGCAGAAGCAGUGGUUUAGUUGGGUGAAACAAUGCCAGGAGAAAGAAGACGAAGAGGCAGAAAGCGAGGGGAAGAAAGUAAAACUCGAAUCGUUACUUUUCAAACGACAUCAAAAGGAGAUUGAUCGUCAUCAACGCGAAAUGAGAGCGAGAGAGAACAAGAAGCGCCAAGAACAAUACCUGAAUAACGUGUACGCCAAAAGUCUCUCGCAAAUGUCAAUAGAGGAGCAGGAGGAAUGGGAUCCUACUCAAGACGUGUAUGGCUACGAGAAGGAUAACUAUGUUGAGCUCAUCAAGUUCUUCCUCAUGCUCAACGAGCAGGAGCAUGACGAGCAUUAUGUACAAGCGGAGCCGUCUGAGCUUGAUGGCCCAGCAGAAUCGAAGCCUGCGGAGAAGGUGCUCUCCAAAAGCGCGAAGAAGAGAGCAAGAAAGGCUAAUUCAGAGACGAAGAAGUUGGAAGAUCCAACCAGACAAGACGCUGAGGGCAAGGGCUUCGUCGAAAUGGAGACCAAAGAGCAGAUGCGUGAGAGACUUCGGACGCCUGUUCGGUUCGAACGCGUAGCAGGCUACUAUGUUCAUGACAGCGAACGCUUCGUAGACCCUAGGACGACUCCUGUACUUCCCCAUGACGAGAUUGAGCAGCUAUUGGAUGAGAUCGGCGAGAUCAAGAAUCUCCUCUUCUGUAGGCUUCUUUUGGCAUCUAGCGCGCUCCUACCCAUCGCAAUCCAGGCCAACAGUAUAGAACAAUUUCUGCAGAAGGAAGAUGUGACAAGAGAACACUUACGAGAUCUUUGUCUGAAGUUAGAGCGUCCCAGCCUUCAGGAUGUGCGAGAUGCAUGUGUAGACUUUAUACGCGAGAGGGACGGCGCCGAUGGGCCCGAGGUACCGAAAGACUUGGUCGAAGACCCUUUUCAGGGCGACAUUACCGACGACAUCAUGUUACAAAUACAUAACAAUAGUGGUCAACGUUCUGUCGUCAUGAACCGAUACCGCACCAAACACGAGAGAGCGACCAAGAAGAAGGCACAACAACAGCCACCUGAGUUGGAGAAAAAUGGUCUCAUAGACUUUGGUGACGCUUUCGGUGAGAAUGAAUUCACUCAAAAACGAAUCAAGAUCAGGGUCUGCGGUCGCGACAUGUACAACUACCGCAGCGAGCAAGCUCUCAACCGCAGCGGUUGGUUCCAUUUCUCCAUCAUCGCGAAAGACUCCAACCUCGCUGAUGCCGUCGCAUUAUGCCGCAACUGGGACGAGUUCUUCGAGCUCAACAUACUCACCACGUACCACUACUUCCGAGCUCCAAAGUGGACGAAAUUCACUGGGGAUGCGCAUCGCCAACAACUUGUGCUUGUCGGUUUCAUACCUUAUUUUCAGCUUGACAACGCCGAGGCUAAAACAAGUUAUCACCAGACUGGUGGUCGUGGGAUCACAGGACGAUCACACGAGAUUAAGGAAUCCCGCAACAUCAUCUGUGGCUACAUCAAGCGCAACGAUGCUUUCAAUCGUCGCUUCAUUCAGUACCUGACCAUGGAAUCAGGUGAGCUACGUGCUUUGAUCCGCGAUCCAGUGACUGGUUAUGUUAUUGUUCAACCACCUGAAAAGGAACUUUGGCUAAGCCGCGAGAAGACUGGAAUUGGCAGAGCUAGAAAACGCGAGUACAAUAUAACCAGUGAAGUCGGACCUGCUUUCAUCGAAGAAGUUGAAGCUAGGAGGUCAUGGCAGGUCAAUUUCGAUGAUUACUACGAUGUUUACAUCUGGGAUGCGGCACCCGGGGGAGGUGCACACGAACUACAACAGAAGAUCGAAGAGGUAUUUGCGCAUGCCCUCCGGUUUCGGACAGCCAAAGACAUGUUAACGAGAGCUCGUCACAUCUUCCAAACCCUCACAGAAGAAAAUGAUACCGGGCGGAUUCGUAGUGUUCGUCCAGGAGAGAAGGUGCAGACUAUGGCUGAUAUGCUCGACAAAAAUGCAGAGAUUGUUAGCGACCAUUCUGUUCCUGAAAUGCAGAAAGCAGCAGACGACAUGUACAAACUGCGAUACGAGUUCACAGAAGCCGAUGAAGUAGAAGAUGCCAUCUUAUUCCCAAAGCUCGCGAAUAGAGACAUACCCAACCGGUCUCCCCGCUACAAGACUGCCAUAGAGAAAUUCCAGAUGGGAAAGCUCAGAGCCUGGAAGAUCGGUUACGAUCUCAGUACCGAUGAGGACUCAUCGGGUUCUGAUUCUGAUUCUGAUUCUGAGUAUGAGUAUGACGGAGACGAAGUAGAGAUUCAUGAGGAUGCACGAUUGGGGACAGACUCAAAUGCCAAGAGUGCUCCGGUUCGAGCUUCGGGGAGGGAUGUUCACAAGCACCUGUUUGAGAAAGAUCAACAAGGACAGAAGCAAAGAUCUGGUCCUUUGGUCCCACAAUUUGAAUGGGUAGCUAAUACACAAGAUCCGCUCUAUUUCUUGCCCAUAGUACGCGACCCCGCACGUGCGUGGGUAAUACCAACCGAACUCAAAACUCCUCCUUCGACUUUCAUGUAUACGCUGAGGACUGCUUUGCGCCGUCAUCGAGUAUAUAAUAAGGGAGGUUAUGAUGUUGGGAAAAUGAUCGAGAGUCAUUCCCAACGGUCAAACGACAGAGUCGCGAAGGAAUGUUGUCACCUGGGAGACUUGGAGCCUGGUGGUCUCAGCCGGUACAACGAGCACCAAUCCAUGGUAGUUGCCAUGGACAAGUUCGUCAUGAGCGAUAUCAACUCGGGCCCGUUCGAGCUUUGCAACUUUAUGGGGAUGGCGCCUCUCUUCCGCAAAGAGCGUCGCAUCGUUGACGAUGCUUUCCAAGCCUACGCCGCCAUCGCCUUGUUCUACGAGACGGAAGAAUUUCUCGCUUCUGAGUACGGCACACCAUUCAAAUCGUCCCUGUUGUUUGACCAAGAAGAAAGAGCCAAGCGAAUCCCAGACCGGAGGACGCAUCUCAGCAACAUGCAUAUGCCAUCGAAGUUUUGGGCCGAUCGGGACAAGCUCUUGGAAGACAACCAACGAGGCGCUCUUGAGUUCGUAGAGGACAUCUACCCGAUGGAAUGGCGGAAAGCGAUACGUUCCGUGAUCAUUCCUUUGUUUAAAGCGGGCGUGAUUCGACUUUCCUAUCAUCCGGGGGUCAGUGGUGUUGUAACUGCCGCCGCUGAACCCGGCCGCUCGCUCGACCUUUACAUUGAUCAACGACGCGACAUUCAUACAACGAAACCGAUCGGAGAGAUCAUAGAUCCUACGCCCUUUGACCGCGACUACAUUGUCAAGGCGGCAAAGCAAUUUCGAGCUCAACACGCUUCAGCAAGAUUUUCGGCGCUCCGGAUGUGGUCUGCUCCGCAUUUCUACCCAAUGAAGGCCAGGGAGGGAGAUAGGUUCUUGGACGACAGGGGCCGAUUCUGGGAAUGGAAGUACAUUCCCAAGGAUAUGCCAAUGAGUGAAUGGAGCGUACACAAGUCGAUGACUAUAACGCUGGGUGAAUACGAACAUAUUUGGAGAGGCCAGGUGGUGGUUGCCAGAGAUCUCUUCCUGGUUAUGGGUCAGGAUGCAAACGACUGUCGGAGAUUAAGUGAAGGUGUCACGUGCCGCCAAGUAUCUUUUCCCGCCAUAUAUAACCACCUGAAGGCCGCAGAAGCCUGCUCCGGCGCACGCCCAAAGCGGAAUCAUCCGGCCGAUCAGAAGACUCACACAUUUCAGCAGUCCAUGCUUUUGCACGCCGACCCGAGCCUGGCCGAGGUCCCAGGCUUCACAAAAGAGCAAUUGGACGCCUUGGCCCGCAGCGUCGAGCUGAGAAGGCAGCAGCUCGAGGACGACAUCAAGGACUACAUAAAGGCCAAGCAGGACGAACUGCGGAGACAUGGCGAAGAGCUUGUAGCCCGGUACCGCUCAAUGGCAUGCGACCAGCAAUUCGCGUCCGCAGAAGAAACGUGUACCAGUAAUGCUCAAAGCACUGCGUCACCGCUCGACCCAAGGGAGCCCGAGCCUGAGCCCGAGCCUGAAGAGAAGAUCAAGCAGAAGAAGCACACCAGAGUGCACAAGAGGGAGAAGGAGCUCUAUGGCCUAGUUACGCCCGUCUUCCUUCCCUUGCUCGAUGCACGCGACAGUUCGCCAGAAAAGAAGAAGAAAAAGUCCAAGACCGAAGUCGCACAUAGCGCAAAUACCACGGCGAACUUAGCGCAGGCUGGAGCGUCAAGAGAUGCUGAGCAGAGCAAAGACGGCCGGAAGUCUAGGAAGGACAACAAGGACAUGGAGUGCUCAGCGCUAGGGGAGCAGCUAGGCAGAGAGAAUCAGGCAGCUGAGAUAGCUAAGAAGGCCAAGCGCACCACCAUGAAGAAGUCUGCCCUGCGACACAAGGACAAGCCUAGAUCGCAACGGAAGAGAGUCAGUCUGGUCAUAGAUGGCCAAACCGUCCUGCCCGCCGACACUGUCGAGGAACCACCCCUCACAUCACCCAGCAGCGAAGCAACGUCCGCCUCCAACUCAACUGCUUCGCUUGACGACAUGAUAGAUCCGCGACUCACCACGCCAGAGCCACCAGUCUACCUCGAACACCGUGAUGCUGUACACCACAGCCUACCCCUCCCCAUGACCAACGCCAUCAACUCGGCUGCAAAGCCCCUCUCCGAAACACCAAGUACCGUAUCCAUAGCCGCCGAAAACUCCCCACCACUCCCCUCCCCACGCUCGCCCAACAUACCCUUCGGCUCAGCCCAAAGUGCAACCCGCACAUUCCUCGACCCGUCACCUUCUCUCCCUCAACAAACCGCAUACACCAUUCCCGAGACCGCGGGUCCAGACCCCAUCUACUCGAUCGCGGCCGCCACAAGCGCUGAACUCGAAAUCGACGAUCUCGCAGACGACGACACGGAUUUCGAUACCUACGUCGGCGGUUUACAUGGUAGCGGUGUGGAUGAUGUGGACCAAGCGGGUAGCUACGGGUACCCAAGUAGUCUGGGCGCCAGCUAUAUGGAGAGCUAUAUGCAGAAUCGGCCGUUGAGCGUGAGGAUGCAGGCUGCGAAUAGAGCGGGAUUGGAUGACGAGGAGAAGAGGCAGUUGUUGGAGGAGAAAGACGAAGAUGAUGCUGAAGAAGUCGACGAUUUCGAGAAUGAUUUCAAGCCUAGUGGGAGUUCGAGAAACAAGGCGGUGGAUACGGGUGAUGAUAAUUUCAUGGGGGAUAUGGAUGAUUUUUGA